GAGGAAGUUAUUAUAAAUGGAGAAGAUGAAAAAGAACGGAAAGACCCCUAUUUUGUGGAAACACCUUACGGCUACCAGCUAGACUUGGAUUUUCUGAAGUAUGUGGAUGAUAUACAAAAGGGGAAUACCAUUAAGAAACUAAAUAUCCGAAAGAAGAGGAAAGCCGUACCACCCUCGACAGGUACCAAGAACUGUGGUGGCCAGUGCAGUGGCUGGACCUCCACAGAGUCUCUCUCUUCGUCGAACAGUGAUGAGAACAAGCAGCCUUGUCUGGCAGCAAGGAGUCAAGUGACCCCAUCCGUGGCCGCGAGACCCUCAGUUUCCUUUGAAGCAUCUCCUUCCUACUUAACCGUCCCUGAGAGCAGGCAGCUUCCUCCUCCCUCCCCCCAGCCUCCUCGGCACAACCUCCAUGUAACAAAAACUCUCAUGGAAACGCGGAGGCGACUCGAGCAGGAGAGGAUGAUGCAGGUUGUGCCUGGAGAUGUCCGUAGGCCGCGGCUUUCCAGCUUUGGAGGCAUGGGCUCCACGAGCUCCCUCCCCUCUUUUGUGGGAUCCAGCGGGUAUGGUCACAUUUCUCAGCAGCCGCACAAUGGGUAUCAGGGGAACGGUGACUACGGUGCCUGCUUCAGCUCCUCCUUGGGCAGUUCCAUUCGUCACAGCCCCAUGAGCUCGGGAAUAUCCACGCCGGUCACCAACGUGAGCCCGGUGCAUCUGCAGCACAUCAGGGAGCAAAUGGCAGUUGCCCUCAAGCGUCUCAAGGAGCUCGAGGAGCAAGUCAAGACCAUUCCUGUGCUGCAGGUCAAAAUUUCAGUGUUACAGGAAGAGAAGAGACACAUGAUGGCCGAACUCAAAAAUCAGAGGAAAGCCACUCAAAUUGAUACGUACGGUUUCAGAAAACGAUCCUACAGUGCAGGAAAUGCAGAGCAGUGGGAACACCUGUCUCAGGUGGGAAGAGGUGGAGAACUGUAUAUAGAUUGUGAAGAAGAGGUGGAGAGUGUGGAGCAGAGCUCUCAGAGGAUAGAGGAGUUCAGGCAGCUGACUGCUGAGAUGCAAGCUCUGGAGAAAAAAAUCCAGGACAGCAACUGUGAAAGUCCUGCAAACCUUCGCAUGAACAGAGAAAGCCUGACAAAAGAAAUGCGAUCUGUUGCUGUAGGUACUGAUGAGAACAUCAACGAUGUGGUUAUGUACAACAGAUGUGCGAGACAGCACAGAGAAGUAGCAGUGGGGACAGAGAAAGAAGUGAGAGAAUCUGGGGUUGGGGUGACAGAGGGAAUGCUUGGCUUGUCUACAGAGGUUGAGAAAGAGAUAGAGCUUCAGCAGCAGACCAUUGAAGCCCUUAAGGAGAAGAUUUACAGACUAGAGGUUCAGUUAAAGGAAACAACCCAUGACAGGGAGAUGACCAAAUUAAAACAGGAGCUGCAGGCAGCUGGGUCUAGGAAAAAACUGGAUAAAGCCGUGAUGGCUCAGCCAUGUGUCAUCAACAGGAUGGUGGAGGCUGUCGUACAAAUGAGAGACCAAAUGGUGGGAGACCAUGUGGACGUUGCUGAUUCGUCGGUGGGAAACCACCUGCAGACCAGCAGCAUUGGCACCUCCUGCAGACCUGCUGUGCGGAGCAUCGCUGCAGGCCCCGAGCUGCUGAUGAGCCAGUGGCUGGUGAGGGAGAGGGCAGAGGUGCGAGACCAGGGCACGGGGAGGUCCACUGAGCUGCACGAUAAGGUGGUGGGCACAGAGACGAGCAUCUGUGAGACAGGUGUCAACACCGAGGAGCCUACAGGCAUGCUGAGCCCCUGCCGGCCGGCACAAGUGGUCGGAACAGUGAGGUCUGUGGGCUGCGGGGAUUGCUCGGUGAACGUGGUGGUUUGUGCCCCCAAGGAGCACAUGUCUCGCGAAACAGCCACAGAGGCUGUGCGCAGAGCUGAGGCGAUGGUAAUGGCAGUGCCUUCUAUGGCUAGUCAGCAAACCAGCACCACUUUGGAGAUGGUGAGCCAGUGCACUGGCACGGAGACAGUCUCCCUGGCAGACUGUGGGACAAACACCUCGCUGAGCAGCUAUGAUAAACAGACCAACACGGAGGGUGUGGAGACGCGGAGCGUGGCAGUAGGAGAUGGCCGGGUGAAGGACAUACAUGUGUCUGCUAAAACACGUUCGGUUGGAGUGGGCACCCUUCUUUCUAGCCACCCUGGCUUUGAAAAGCCCUCAGCAAUAAAAACCAAAGACUGUGGCAUCGGGCAGAUAAACGUUCAGGAGAACUACCUGGUUGGUCUUAAAAUGAGGAGCAUUGCCUGUGGACCCCCUCCAUUGCCAGUUGUGCCAGCCGGCACCAGGAGCAUUGGCGUUGGGGGAGAGUCCGUGUGCGAGCCAGUGAGUGGUCUGCUGGAAAGCCGUCUGCCUCCACCGGAGCUGAGGGCGGGCCUGGAUCACUACAUCGAGCGUGUGCAGAAGCUGCUGCAGGAACAGCAGAUGCUGCUUGCUGAAAAUUACAGUGAAUUAGCAGAAGCCUUUGGGGAGCCCCACUCCCAGAUUGGGUCUCUCAAUUCACAGCUCAUCAGCACCCUCACCUCAAUCAACUCCGUCAUGAAAUACGCCAGCACGGAGGAGCUGCGGAGCCUGGACCUUCCAAAGCAGUGCAUGGAGAGAAGCACUACAUCAGGUAAGCCCAGCGUCCAGGCGCACGUUUGGUCUGCUCCUUGCCGGCACCUCAGUCCACUGGUAACUGAAAAGCGAGAGGUGUUUUUACCUCUCCUGGUCCAGCCAACUCUGAAGGGCCUGAUGAUGAUGCCUCUGACCAUGCAAGAGAG